AUACACAACAAUCCAGCCCAAUUGGAGUUGUCAUUCUCGUCAUUAUCCUGGUUUCGGUGUUAAUUAUAUCUUUAUUUAGUUUUGCUUGGUUAAUUACUGGUUCUGUUUGGAUAUUCAGUGCAAAAGUGGACGGGGUUCAAGGAGAUAACCCGAAUGACGCGAAUACAUAUUGUCAAUCUGAGUUGUUUAGACCGGCCUUUGUUCUUUUAAUUAUCAAUUACGUUAUGCAUGUUGUGAUCGUAUCUUUGAUUCUUGUGAAACGUUUCUGUUGUAAACGAGGAAGAGUGAAUACUCCACAGGCACCCAUGGGUACAAUGAAUAAUAAAAUUUGA